AUGGGCAAAUCCGAAAGUCAAAUGGAUAUCAUGGAGAAAUCAAGUAAACCUGGAAAGCGUCGUUGGACUGUUGCAGAGAUCAGCCUGUCCGUGCUUCUGUUGUUGGUCAGCUGUGCCCUGGCCGGGCUGGUAGUCCUCUACACAUCAGUUGUGAAAGAACAAUCGAACAGGUCCAGUGUGUCAAGGAGCUCAACACGAGAGGGUCAGCUGUUUCGCUCCAACCUCAACGAUGUGUGCACCACGGAGGACUGUGUCACUGCAGCUGCUCGGCUCUUGCAGAACAUGGAUAAGUCAGUGAAGCCCUGCGAUAAUUUCUACCAGUACGCCUGCGGGGGUUGGCUGGAGCGCCAUGUCAUCCCGGAGACCAGCUCUCGUCACAGUGUCUUUGACAUUCUGAGGGACAAGCUGGAGAUUGUCCUCAAAGGUGUUCUGGAGACGGAGAACGAACAGGACAGGGAUGCCAUCAGAAAGGCCAAAACCCUUUACAGUUCCUGCAUGAAUGAGAGCCUCAUAGAGCAGCGUGACUCCCAGCCCCUCCUGACGCUCAUUGAGAGUAUCGGAGACUGGCCUGUGGCCUCAGACGACUGGAACUCCACAACAGAGGAGAUGUGGAGCCUCGAGGACACACUGGCGAUGCUCACUGCUCGUUUCCACAAGAAGGUUUUGCUGGACUUGUACGUUUGGACAGAUGACCGGGACUCUCGGCGUCAUAUAAUUUAUAUUGACCAGCCAGGACUUGGAAUGCCAUCAAGAGACUAUUACUUCAAUGAUGGAAACUACAAAAAGGUUCGAGACGCCUACCUGCACUUCAUGUUCUCUAUCGCGAAGAUAACCCGAGAGGACAGGAACUUGACCCAGGAUGACGAGCGUGUGUGGGAGGAAAUGAUGCAAGUGCUGGAGCUGGAGACAGACAUCGCCAACGCCACAUCACCAGCAGAGGAAAGACAAGAUGUCACAGUUCUCUACAACAAGAUGACACUGGGUGAACUACAGAGCACGUUCAGCUUUAAUGGUUUCAACUGGACACAAUUUAUUCAGGGUGUGCUGUCGAGUGUGUCCGUCAAGGUCCAGCUAGCGGAGGAGGUGGUGGUCUACAGCUCCCCCUACCUGGAGAAGAUGAAUGACGUUCUCUCCAGACACAGCGCCCGAACUAUGCAGAACUACCUCAGCUGGCAGCUCGUCUUUGAAAGAGUCAAUAGCUUGAGCCGCCGCUUCAAAGAUGCCAGAGCCCGUUACAGGAAGACUCUCUAUGGGACGACGGUGGAGGAUGCUUGGUGGCGGGAAUGCGUCCGUUACGUCCAGAACAGCAUGGAGAACGCAGUUGGCGCCCUGUACGUGCGUGAGACCUUCGCCGGAGAAAGCAAACGAAUGGUCAGUGACCUUAUCGGUAAGAUCCAGAAAGCCUAUGUGGAAACUCUCGAGGAGUUAAGCUGGAUGGACGCACCCUCAAAAGAGAAAGCAAGAGAGAAGGCCAUGGCAAUCAAGGAGCACAUUGGUUAUCCAGAUCAUAUUCUACAGCAAAGCAACCUGAAACUUGACCAGGAGUAUGCACAUUUGAACUUUAGUGAAGAGCACUACUUUGAGAACAUCCUGGAGAACCUGAAGUCUGAGGCGCAAAAGAGUCUGAAGAAGCUCAGAGAACCGGUGGAUCCUGACUUAUGGAUUAUUGGUGCUGCAGUGGUGAACGCAUUCUACUCACCCAACAGAAACCAGAUAGUGUUUCCUGCUGGGAUCCUGCAGCCGCCGUUCUUCAACAAACAUCAGCACCAGGCCCUGAACUUCGGUGGAAUAGGAAUGGUUAUCGGACAUGAGAUCACACAUGGAUUCGAUGACAACGGUCGUAAUUUUGACAAGGACGGCAAUAUGCUGAACUGGUGGAGUAAUUACUCUGCCGAGCAUUUUAAAGAGCAGUCGCAGUGCAUGGUGCAGCAGUACGGCAACUUCAACUGGAAGCUAGCGGGUGGACAGAACGUGAGUGGAAUCAGCACUUUGGGGGAAAACAUUGCUGACAACGGAGGAGUUCGUCAAGCAUACAAGGCUUACCUGAAGUGGGUGGAGAUGGAGGGCGAGGAGCCCUGUCUUCCUGGUCUCGACAUGGAUCACAAGCAACUUUUCUUUCUCAACUUUGCCCAAGUGUGGUGUGGUGCUUAUCGGCCUGAGUACGCCAGCCAGUCCAUCAAGACGGACUCACACAGUCCCUUAGAAUACAGGGUGCUUGGAUCUCUCCAGAAUUUCGAAGCCUUCUCAGAAGCUUUCCAGUGCCAGAAGGGCAGUCAAAUGAACCCUGAGCAGAAAUGUCGUGUUUGGUAGAAAGUUUUAAUCAUGAAAUAAUUGUUUCCUGACUUGGGCCACUCAAAUCAAGUUUUACAUUUUAAACCCAGAGAGAAGAUUCUACUGGAGACUUAUUCCAGUUUAUUUAGGGGCAGACUGUCAAGCUCUCAAGUUUCAAAACUUGAAAUAUGUUCUGUACUGUUUAAAAAAAAGAAACUUGCUUGAGAAUCUA